AGUCCUUUCGUUACUGUCGUCAAAAUUGUAUGUCCGAAGGAGGUCUGAGCGUGACGUGUUGAUGAAUUUUACCAUCGCCCAUGUGUGGGCUAGCUUUUAGAACCAGGAAUAGUCCCUCUCAAAAAACUUCCCUUCGUUGGGGUGAUUGUUGUUUAUUUUCGAACGUUCUAGUCAUUUUUGUAUAAAAAACAUUAUUAUUUUGUUAAAUAAUCUUUAAGAUAAAAUAACGGUUGCAAUAAAUUUUUAGUGCUUCUACCAGACACUUGUACAGAUAUAGAAAAUGAUUAACAUAGCUGGGAUAAUAUCAAUAAUAAUAUUUUACGUUUUAAUUUUGGGCGUGGGAAUAUGGGCCGGAAGAAAAAAAGAAGAAGGAAAUGAUUCUGAAGAAGAGGUUAUGCUCGCUGGUCGAAAUAUCGGAUUAUUCGUUGGAAUAUUUACAAUGACAGCAACAUGGGUCGGUGGUGGUUACAUCAACGGGACAGCAGAAGCCAUCUAUACGUCAGGAUUAGUUUGGUGCCAAGCUCCUUUCGGAUAUUCUCUAAGUCUAGUAUUUGGAGGCAUAUUUUUUGCAAAUAAAAUGCGUCAACAAGGCUACAUCACUAUGCUGGAUCCAUUACAAGAUUCAUUUGGAGAGAGAAUGGGAGGACUCCUUUUCUUACCAGCGCUCUGCGGAGAGGUAUUUUGGGCAGCUGGUAUUCUAGCAGCCCUCGGAGCAACUCUUAGCGUUAUAAUAGACAUGGAUCAUCGGACGAGUGUCAUUUUCAGCGCCUGUGUAGCUGUUUUCUAUACUCUAUUCGGAGGACUUUACGCAGUAGCUUACACAGAUGUUAUACAACUAUUCUGUAUCUUCAUUGGGUUGUGGAUGUGCAUACCAUUCGCUUGGAAAAAUGAACACGUCGCUCCUCUUUCCUCGAUGGAAGUUGACUGGAUAGGAGAAGUGAAAAGAGAGGAAUUAUUUUACUAUAUGGAUUACGGAUUAUUGUUGAUAUUCGGAGGAAUACCUUGGCAAGUGUAUUUCCAGCGGGUACUGAGUAGUAAAUCAGCAGGUAGAGCGCAGGUUUUAUCGUUUGUCGCUGCAUUUGGGUGUGUCCUGAUGGCGAUACCACCUGUUCUGAUUGGUGCAAUUGCCAAAGCUACAGCUUGGAACGAAACUGGUUACAAAGGCCCAUACCCGCUAACAGUAGAUGAAACCAGCAUGAUUCUUCCGAUGGUACUACAAUAUCUCACCCCAAGUUUCGUAUCUUUUUUCGGUUUGGGUGCUGUAUCGGCAGCUGUUAUGUCUUCGGCGGAUUCAAGUGUUCUAUCCGCCAGCUCGAUGUUUGCUAGAAAUGUGUAUAAGCUUAUCUUCAGACAAAAGGCGUCGGAAAUGGAAAUCAUUUGGGUGAUGAGGGUAUCGAUACUGAUCGUUGGGUUCUUGGCGACAGUAAUGGCUUUGACGAUCCCAUCAAUAUAUGGUUUAUGGUCUAUGUGUUCAGAUCUGGUGUAUGUUAUCCUUUUUCCUCAGCUUCUCAUGGUGGUUCAUUUCAAGGAAUAUUGCAACACAUACGGUAGCCUAGCAGCUUAUAUUGUAGCAUUUUUGGUGAGGGUGUCAGGUGGAGAAGAGCUUAUGCAUUUAGAUCCCCUUAUAAAAUACCCAGGGUGGGAUGAAGAAAAUCGGAGACAGUUAUUUCCAUUUCGAACGUUAGCUAUGUUAAUGUCCUUAGUGACGUUGAUAGGCGUAUCCUGGUGGACCAAAUGGGUAUUCGAAACUGGUAGACUAGCACCCGGAUACGAUUUCUUCCAUUGUGUGGUUAAUAUACCAGAAGAUAUCCAGAGGGUUGGAGAGCCAAGUGAAGAAGGUGAACAGAUGUCGAUGAUGGCUUCAGGUGCAAUGGGAAAACUUUAUGGAGCAGCAACUAUGGUGGGUAAAGACGAAAGAAACGGCAGAAUCAACCCCGCGUUAGAAACAGAUGACGACGAUAUCCCGUCAUCUGAAUUGAACAAACUAAAGGGCUCAAUAAGCAGUGGGGGAGGUGCAAGAGCUAUAUCCAUCAACCCCAUAGAUAACUCCCAAACAACGCUAUGAAAUAAAGAAGGUAAUUCCUAGAAUAUAUUAGGUGUAAUCAGUCAUUAAAUAGAGAUAGAUGAUUUUAUAAUGAUGUAUAUAAACAAAGACAAAAUAUGACACGUCAAUUUAAAAAAUAUAGAUAGUUUGGGAUUGUUGAGAGAAAAAGAUUGUCAGGUAAUGUUAAUAAAACUCGGCAAAUUGAACUUCGAUCUUGAAUAAAGUUAUAAGAUGAUCCGAUGUGAGUGUAUUUUGUGAAAGAAGGAAACUAAUAGCACUAGGUUGAGGAAUAUUUACUAUAGUGUAGAUGUAAUUGCUUAAAAACUAGUUUCGUUUGAAUUAUUAUGUACAUUUCCUCAAUAUGGGUCAUACUAGAUUUUUAGCAAACCUUUGCAACAAUUUGAAAUAGAUAUUAUUUGACUUCUCGAAACUAUUUAGAAAUAACGGAAAUUAUUAAAGACAUAGUUUGCUUUUCCAGAUGUAAUAUAUUGUGGAAUAAAGAUGAUGUAAAAUUAUAUCAAUUUAUCAUAAUCUUGAAGUUUUAUCUCGAUUAUCAAUAUUACGAAUACGAGUACUAACAAUAUAAUGAAAAAUUUACUUCAAAAAUAACUCAGAUGUACAAAAGAUUUGUAAGGACAACUUUUGAAGAAUAAGCAGCACCUUCAAAUAAUAGGAUAAUGAGAGAAUUUUCGCAUUAUAGAGAAUAUUAAUAGAUAAUAAAUAUGAUGAUGAAAAUAAUACUAUAAAAAGAAAACCACGUUCGGGAGCGUCAGAGGUUGUUGGAAAAUAUUAAAUUUAGCGUGAAAUCUAAAACGAAAUAUAAACCACGGUUAAAAUGCUGGGAAAUUCCUCAAGAUGCGGGAAUUAUAGUAUUAAUGCGUUUUGUUUUGGAAUAUCUUUUUCUUUCAAUAGGAACCUGUGUUAAACCUUCUUCAGACGCUGAGCUUCUUUGUUUGCCCACUGUUAUCAUUUUUUCCUAACCUCCUUUUGAUAUGGUCUCGUUCACGUUUUCCAAUCCAUAUAUUAGGGUUGGCUAUUCGUUAGGAAAAAUGUUUCUUUUCAAAGCUCUAAUUCUGCUUCUGAUUGCUUAAGUGUUCUAAUUCCAGUCGUCCUCGUUACUAUUUUUGUUGUUUGUCGUUCUUUGUUAGCUAUAGUGAAUAAUUUUUAGUUGAAUACCUAAUAUUAUAUUGUCUUCAUCCUGUACAGCAGGUGCUUUAGGGCAGCUUUAAUCUCUGUUUUGAAAUCUGUAUUACAGAAUUAUGCAAAAUUUCAAUUAUGAAUCCUUGAAUUUGGAAAGACUGCUGGUAGAACCCGGUGACUCAUUAGAAUUAUGCACAAUUUUAGUUAUGAAUUUUUUAAUUAGGAAAGACUGCUGGUACAUCGCCUUGAAAUCUUUCGCAGGCUUGGGCUCGUCGCAACAGCAUUUAUCCGAAAUAUAUCAUUAUAUGAAAUUUUGUUUCUUCAUUAUACAUAAUUAUCUAAUGAACAUUAACAUUGAAAUUAAGAAAUACAUUCAACAUAUUUACAUUAGUUAAGUCAAAAUUAGUAAUUUUGGUGUUUUGCUGUUUUAGACCUUACUAAAUUUUUUGAUGAGCAUUCUGUGAGGAUUUUUUUUCAUUUUAAAAAACAAAUCUAUUAUUAUUCAGAUUUUAUGGAAAGUAACAGGAACUUUAUAAUGCUUUUAAUAGAAAAAAAACCAAUUUAAGGCUUCAGUAGCGCAUAUUUCGUACUGUAAACGAAAAGUAAUGCUUCAGAUCAGAUUUUGAAUAAUAUCUAACAGAAGAUUAGUGGUAAUAAGUUGAUUUUUCGAAUUAAAAGAUAUAAAAAUAAAAUGUUACAGGGUGAUAUAAAUAUUAUAUCAAAGCCUUUAGAGAAAGUUGCUUUUUCCAGACUUUGUAACUUUAUUCGAAGACUCAUAUAUAAUAUUCUAAGUGUAAAUAUGUAUAUAGUACAAGUUUAAGAGUAACACCCUGUAGAAAUUGUAAUAUAUUCAAUGAAAUUGAAAAUAAUCCCUUAUUUUAGUAUAACUAUUAAUUUCCCUGGAUUCGAAUGAAAAUAUGAAGUUAAAUAAAAAGAAAAGCUCAAGCCAAGACUCACAAAAUAUCCCAAAAGAAGAUUCUUUGGGUAGUUAUCGAUUUCCAUUAUCUCAAACAAGUCGUUUGAUCUUCAAAUUAUUUUUGAAAAUUAAUUUUAGUUACUAAAUUUACUAACGUUUUGAUAACUUAUGGUGAUAAACAUGUAAAUAAUUAUAAAUAUUAUUACUCUAACUUUAGUAUACCCAUUUUUAUGAUCACAUAUUUUCUGAAACACUGAUCUAGUUUCGUAUAUAUACCCACGUAUAACACAACAAAAGACUUAAAAAUUGAGUGAAUGCAUUACUUUAUGCGUUCCUAGAGCUCCAAAACACAAGAAAACUGAAUAAUAAUUGGCUAGCUGACCUAAGAAAUGAUUAUGGAAGAAUUUUAGCAGGAAGGAACCUUAUUAUAAUAAAAAAUACUCUGAAACCAAUACAUAAGCUUAUAUAAUGAUGUUUUUUCAAUUGUUGAUAGAUAAUUGAUAGAAAAAGCGCAUCUUUUCAACGUUUAUUCCAUAAAAUCAUAUGGGAACGUUAUUUCUUAGACUAUCACCAUGUAAAAAGUGACACAAACGAUUCUAUGAACAAUAGAUCCACUAUUUUAGCAUGACAAAGUGAUAUAACUUGAAAUUAAAAUGAUAAUUUUUUUUGUACCUUUAUUGGUCUCUGUAGCUUGCGAUUCCUUGCUUCCAACAACAAAGACUUGUGGAAAGCAAAAGCUCCAUUCCUGCGAAACCGCACAUUGUAUGGAACGACCAGUUCGUUGGUCAGAAUGCGUGUCAAUUCAUCUCUUCAUUGUGAACAUUACAACUGAAUUUCGAACUGUACUGGCAUAUAAAAAAACUACCGUUGUGUCAACUGACUGAAUAUUUUCACUUUCUAAAUGGCUUGUUUCAAAUAAUAUAAGCGUGGUAUAAAUAACGAAAAUUCAAGAAAUAGAAUUAGAGCAAAUAGAAAACGUUCUGGAUCGGAAGUACACCAGAUGUUAGGUUAGAAUGAGAAUAUGAGUACUUGCAAGACUGUUGUACAUUUGACAAACAGUUACUCACUUCUGAAUUAGUUCAAAAAAUGAAACUAGGUACUGUGCAGACUCGAUAAUCCGAACUAAUAAAAACCAAGUCGAUUCGGAUUAACAAAUAAUUCGGAUUUCCGAAGCAGUUGUUUUUUAUCAAUCUUUAUUAUGAAACGCAAAAUAAAACAGUAAUUACGAACGAAAUAACACUAAAAAAUAUAUGUAUGAAAAAGUAAGAAUAUGGUAUGUAUUAAUUUCUUUGUAGUAAUUUGUAAUUUUCGCUUGAUUUACACAUCUUUGAGCAGUGUAUUUUAGGGCCACUAAUAUUUUAGUAUUAUAUUUUAUAUUAAAAUAUUGGUCAGAUGUUGAUUUAGUGGCCAUAGAGUGUUAUAACAAUCAUUAUUCUUGUCAAUCUGACAUAAAAAUUAUUUAAAUUUGCAAAAUAUAUGGCAAAAGUCUUCACGUCAAAUUUAUGAUGUGAAAAAUAAAAUUCAUAUUCAUAAAUAUAGACUGUAUGCGAAUUUUUAGGAACCAGCUGUACAAAGAAAAGCUCUAAAAUUGUUUUAAAAUUAAUCCUACCUGUCGAUUUUAGACAUUUUCUGUUUUAUGUCACAGAUUGUAGAUCUUCCAAUCCCAUACUCAGCGGUCAACACUUUCUCCCUUGUUAAAUCUUUCAAUAAUUUCAUUACAAACAUCUCAGAAAAGUAUGUAAAUAUCACUGCUCAAAAGCGUACAAAAUCAGUGAAAAUGCUGCACACCUGUUUAAUGUGAGUCCCAGAUAUAAACAAAAUGGGGAAUCCCUGAACUAUAUUUCUAUAGGAAAUAGGCGUAAAAGUACAAGUUUUUAUUAUCGAGUACUAUGAAAUUCGGAUUAGAGAGUAUCCAAUUUAUUGAAAAUGCUUGUUCGGACUACUGAAGAAAUCGUAUUAUCGAAUGUUCGGAUUAUCGAGUUUGCACUGUAUAAUUUAAAUAUAUGCGUCAUUGUGAACACACUAGAAACGCUCUUCAUGUGAUGAUUUUGGUAGAUAGUGUGUUCAUCAUGAAUAUCACCGAAGGUUCCGGAUAUUUUAACUAGAUAUAGAAUAGAAGCAACGAUUUUACUUUAGCAAGUAUUACAACUUGAUAAUAAUAAAUAUAAAACAAAAAAUAAGUUUAUGGGAGGGCAAACAACAAGGGCAGAGGAUAUAUGAAAAGAAAAUUGAAAUGAGAAAAAAAAAUAGAAAAAAAAAUUGAGUAAGGUCUACUGAAGGCAACGUGAAAACAAUUAGGGAAGGGAGUAAGAAAAUCAACAAAAGAGUGUUAUAAUGAAAAAUACCAACAGGAUUUAAAAAUAGAGAAAAAACGAAAAGGUAAAAAAACAAAAAGAAAUUGUUGACAAAUUCAGAAAUGAAGGAAAAGAUAAACUAAAUAAUUUCAUAUUAACAUUGAUACAACGUGAAGAUUAAAGAGGAAUUGCGGAUAUGUAUAUAAGAAACCAAAAAAGAAAAGUUGAAGGAAUCAGUAGAAAUAUUGAGAAUGUGAGUUUCCCUUGAAAUAUGGAGUUAAUUAAGUAUGAAAGAAAAUGAAAGAAAUGUGCAUCUUGAACGACUAUAAUAUAAUUGAUAAGAAAUAAAUGGAGAAAGGAAAAUAAUUGGAAUUCAGCCAAUGCACAAAGGAAGAGAUGGACAAUAAUGAAAAAAAUACAGAGGAAUUAUUUUUUUAUGAAGUUAGUAUGAACAUGUCAAUUACGAAAAAAAAGCCAUUGAAAUUUCUAUUUUCUGAGAUUCAAAUCUUCUAUUGAGAUUGUAUCACGAAAAUAUAUAUCUCUAGAGAAAAAAGUUGUUAAGAAGGGCAGAAAGAAACUACGGUUUCAAAUUAACUAAGAAUCUAAUUAUGUUGUGGCAUGCAGGUAUUUCAAAAAUUAUGAUAAAAUGAUAUUUUUUUCAAUAACCUCAUCAGCUUUUUUGUACAAAAAGUCUGUAGUAUUAUGAGUAUAUAAAAAGCUAUCGAACUAACAAAUUAUUCUUUUUUAGUAAAACAUAUAUUCCAUGGGAAAUGAUUUUUAAAAAUUAACUACUGUAUCGAAUUCAUAUAAUGAUAAGCAUAUUAUAAUGUUCUUAACAAAUCUAUCUCUAUUUUUUAGACAACGAUUAGAUCCCUGCCAACCUUCCCCAGAUUUAGUAUAAUGUGUAGAUGCUGUUAAUAUCUUGAUGAAAUACUGCUGUGCAGUUAAGGCUUGUUUUUAAGUUCAGAAGUUUAUAUAAUUGUUAAAAAAUAUUAAUAUAUCUACACAUAGACCUAUCGUAUAUUAUAGAGUCACAUAUUUUGUUAUUUAUACUUAAGUGAAAAUAAGAAUCAUAACAUCAUGUAGAACAGAAAUUGUUUGAAUAGGAAAUAAGAGAAUCAAACAUGGUUUUUUGUAAUAUGCUAUUCGUUCAAACUGGUUUUCGAUAGAUUUUAUUUUGAUACAAAUACAUAUUGAGUUCUUUUAGAAAAAAGUAUGUUGUUAUUUUGGUUGUUUCAAGUUCAAAUUAUCAGAAUUUGGCUUUAAUAGGUACAAUCUAGACAAAAUUGGAAAACUUGAAAUUAUAUUUAGAAGAAAUCGGCUAUUUUCCACUAUAAUAUUAUACAAUACAAAAAUUGUUUUUCUCGUUUUCUAAUUUCUUAAUUUUAGUUUGUUUGUUUUCAAAGAACACGACUAGGGUAGUCGUCCUUCUCUAUUCACUCUCAAAUCUACAAAAUCAAAUUUUAUGGACUAUUUAACAUGAUUUGCUUCACCGCUCAGGUACUAAUUGAUUGAAUUCUCAGUUUCAUACUACCAUUACUCAUAAAAAUGGUAUUCUCAAACAUUUAACUAUCGAUUUUAACAAAAUAUGUGACAUUAUCUGUAGAAAUUUUAGUAACUAUACUUUAAAAAUCUAUCAACAUAUCAUCUUUCAGAUUAAUAAGAUUGUAUUUUUACUACACAGUCAAAGCAUCUGUGAUUAUUCGUUUUUAAAGGUGAUAUAAUGCAGGAUUAUAUAACAAAAUCAAUUUAUAUUAUUACCAUUAUCCGUAAAAGGUAUACAAAUAAAUAUUUCUAGAAAAACGAAAUUAAUUAUGACGGGGUACUAGAUAUCCAGAUCUGCCCUCUGUCUAUAGAAUAUAGAAUAUUUCAAUCAUAUAAAAAACAAUUUUUAGACUAUAUCUACGUUAUUUUUAGAUAUCCCGUCUUUCUGGUAAUAUAAUGAACUUUUUUUCAAUCGGAUCGACAAGUUUUUCGAUUCUGAAGUUAAAAUUAUACAUUAACUGAGAGAAAAUAGAAUAGUUGAAUUUCGAUAGUUCUACGGACUGUUUAAAUGUACUAAAGACGAAAAACUGUCUUCGGGACAUGACCCUUAUCUUGUGGAGACUAAAAAUGAGUUUUUAUUUUUUUCCCAAAAUUUCAGUCAAGCUAGGAACUUGAAAUUCAGUGAUUUUCGUGCACCCACUAAACAUGGGUAUACCUUACUUCAUUUUAUAUCAAACUUUCUUUCGAAAUGAAGAUUUAUGAAAGAAAAUUACAACAAAAUCUUUGUUUUAUUUAAAAAUAUUUUUCAUUUAAAAUUUUUUUAAUAAAUUAAACGGCAACAGUAAAGAUGUAAAAUGUAAUACGAUUCAAAAAGAAUGCUGGAAAUAACUACCUCUGGCCAAAAUAUAUAAAAUAGCCUACGUGUCGUGACUACGAGGAUGAGGCCAAUGUUGGAUCCUUCCUCGACCUGAAGUACACUGGACCACCAUCGUGCAUGAAUCACUUGUUUUGCCUGAUAUUGAAUGCGAUGUCUUCAAGUAGUGCAGGGAAAUCAUUUUCGAGAAAGCUGCUGUGAGAAAUUCCAUUUAACGGCCGAGGCAGGAAAUCAUGCCCAAUAAAAUUGUCCUCUACAACACCAAUCCAAACGAUCACUGGAAAAAUAUUUUGAAAAAGGUGGUCUAUAAUCUCAUGGGGAUUCAUGAUAGAUACUCUUGAAUAGGAAUAUUGAAAUACACGUGUUAGCUUUCUGCAAGUUCACGAAAAUAACAGAAUUUCUAGUUUUUAACAUCACUGAAAUUUUAGAAAAAAAAUGAACCUAAAUUUUAUUGACCAUCUUUCAAGGGUGAUAUCUCGGAAAGGAAAAGGAUAAGGAAAUUUCAUUAUAGUCUUAAUUUAAUACGAGCAAUCACGUCCUGAAUUUUGUCGCAUAAAUUUAGAAAAAACGCUCUGUAUAUUGAAGGUGAUAAUGGUAAUGUUUUAUAUAUAACAGUCUAUUUAUUUAAUAGGCACAUCUCGUAGAUUAAAGGCGACUACAACAAAAUCUUUCCAUAAAAAGGAAUAUUUGUUGAAAUAAUGUAGUUUCGCAGAAAAUUGAGAUGUUUAUUCUAUUCUUAAAACUUACUUUGUAGGAUGAACGUAUCCUGCAUUAUGAAACUUUUAUAAUUCCGAUCCUUUUUGUAAUGUGAACAUUGUUGAUAUUUACCAAUUCUAUUGUAAAUAUCAGGAGUCAACUAAAUAUGGUGGUGAAUUUCAUUUGAAACUUCCCUGAGGUAUCGAUGAAUAUUUUUUUAAUAAUAUAUUUAUAUUUUUAGGACAUCAUAUUAUAUAGUUGACAUAUAGAAUGUUUUAGGGAAAGGGGUCAUCCAUAAAUUACGUCAUACGAAUUUUAUGAUUUUUUCACCCCCCGUCCUUUCACAGCUGGUCACAUUAUUUGUGAGACACCUCCCUCCCUAUUGUGACGUCAUAUAUUUUGCAAAUUUAAAUUUAGAAAUUAUUUAAUGAAAACAGCAGUUUUAAAAUUAGUUUUUUAAUUAACAAAACAUUUAUAUUAAUUGAAGAAAUAAAAAAAAUACAAAGUAUUGAGAGAAAUAUAACAAUUAAUCUUCUAAAUAUAAAUAAUCUCGAGUCCAUGAUCUUCGAAUCCUUUCCUAUAAAUUAAUGAUAGAAAAAUUAGUUGUGUCAACAUCUGCUUCAUUCGAUCAUUCAGCAUCAUCUUCAUCAUUCACACAAAGAAGUUCUCUGGCACGUCUUGUAGCAAUUCUUUGAGGACAAAACUUCGCGAUAGGUAAAACUUCUUGUUGCUCUUAUGUAAUUGAUUGUGUUGAUUCAUAACUUUGUAUGAUGCAAAAUAUAUACCAUAGAUACUAGAUUAUGGCUUAAGCAAGUAUGCUUCGACAUUAGGACAGUAGCUAUCAUACGGAACUUGAUUCAAAUGUAGUUACGUCUGACUACUUAAAACAGGGGGUAGUAAGAACCCCUCUCGUAAUGGUCGCCAAAGAUUUGAUCGUCGUACACCACAACAUGGGAGAAUCUUAUACUAUUUGUAAUAAAUAUUAUCCUGUGACGAAUACCGGAUGAUCAGUUUGAUGCAAAUUGGGAGUCGAUAGCGGAAUAGUACAGCAGGUAUCAAAAUUCAAUUACCUGGGAGUGAAUAUAUCUAUUCUCACAUAUGCCUCAGAAACCAGAGCCGAGACAUCAACAACAAAAAGAAUAAUGAGAAACACAGAGAUGAAAAUACUACGAACCAUCAAGGGAGUCACCCUCAGGGACAGAAUAAGGAGUGAAGACAUAAGAGAAGAAUUGGGCGUACAGGAUGUGGUGAGAUGGGCCAGGGUACGAAAAAGAUUCUGGAGGGAUCACGUAGAAAGAAUGUCAGAAGAGAGGCGGGCAAAAUGGGCUAAAACUCAGAAACCGAACACACGCAGACCUGUAGGCAGACCAGCAAAGAGGUUGUACGAGAGCUGGAGUUCAGCUUCUCAGAAAGAUCCA